AGGAGGGAAGACGACGUGCCUCGCGGGUCGCCGGUUCUUCGGGGUCCGAGCUUCGUCCGAAACGAAGCGCCUUCGUAGCGGCGCUCUUCAUUCUCAUCGGAGCCUCAUUUACGAACCGUUCGAACUUGAAUCGGUUCGUCUUACGUGGUGUCGAGGCUCCGACAAUUUCUAACCCUUUCUUCCUUUCAUAUAUAUAUUCUCAUUCUCCCUCUUAUUAUCCCCUUUUUUUCUCGAUUCUUUUCUCGACAAUUUUUUCUCGAAUUUACGAAAGCUUAGGAAAGUUCGCGCCGGUGAUAAUGUGUUACUGGUGGUGAUAGUUAUUUUGGUGGUGGUAGUGUAUAUGAGGAUAAUGUCAAUGAUAUUCCAUUGGUGAUGGUGGUUUUAAUAAUAGUGUUUCAUGCAUGUAACACUAUUGGUGCUGAUUCUACGUUACACAGCAAAUACGAAUCUACUUCGAAGAAAAUUUAUCCCGUUUUCUACCAAUCUUUUCAAAUUCAUUCAUUUUGAAGAAGGAUCAUGGCAUCUUAUAGGAGCUAUGGUGACACUAGCGCUUACAGGAGUAAUAGAAGUGGACUUGGCGUUGGUACGGGUACUUUUAGUAGAAAUGCAUCGAGCGGAAGCACUUUAGCAACUUGCAGGACGACCUACACUGGUAUAGCUUCCAAUACUAUUCGAGAUAGUACAAAAGAUGGAACAGUUUCUGGAUAUGGAAGCUCUUUCUUGAAGAAGGACAAAGGCGAGAAGAAAGGCACAUUGAAAUAUUCGUGUAGCAAAGAGAUAGAAAAGAAUAGAUUACAUUUGGAAAAAGUAGAAGAUAUUAGAUCAAAAAGUCCGUUAUCUGAUAGUAGAUCACUACUCCUUGAAAAGUACUCCUAUUCGAACAGUAAGAAUGUCGAAAGGCCAUGUUCCGUCUUGGAUAAAUACAAUCGUAGAUCUUCCCGAGAAAAGGGCAAAGAAUCGGAAGGAAUAUCGCGAUACAAUUCCAGCACGUAUCCUGGCUCUGGAUUAAGUAGGAACUAUAGUAAUAGCAGUACGGAAGGAAGAGGCGAUAGGAAGGAGAGAAGCGAGCAUCCACCCGUUUCCUACAGAACUCUACGAACGAAUUCAGGAAGAACGUCUCGAGAAACGAGUCCAGAUGUUAGCGUUGGAAAAGGAAAUUCUUUUCGAGUUUAUUCAAGACCACCAUCGUCUUAUUCUCGUGCUGGAUCCAGCGGGAGUACAUCGACAGAAUACAGUUCGACUCCGAUCUCUUCGAAAUUCAAUUUGACGACGAGCUCUCGAUUUUCGUUGCCUUCUAGAAGCAACGAACGAAUACCGACAGCCAUUAGCUACUCUGGAUCGGACAGAUAUCGAACUUCCAGUAGCAAUAGCAAAGAAUUUUCUACUUCGGCGAAGGCAAAGGUUGAAGGGUGUUCGAAAGGAGAUGUCAAAUCCGAGGAAGAUUUGCAGGAUGAAACGUGUAGAAAUUGGAAAGAUUGUGAGACUGAGAACAGACUCGAAGAGUUGGAAAGUAGCUGCGUUGCGAUGAUAAGUAGAGGUACUUCGCCAACACCACCUGCUUCGUCAAGUUUCAUACGAAACAGAAGAGCAGAUAUGGGAACGACCGUGCAAAAAGAAAGGACAAGAUGUCGAAGGAAGGUUGAAAAGAAAAAUCAAGAAGUUCAAUGCGAUCGUAACGAAGAAGCACCGAGAUUUUCAAGGUUUGGUGGAAGUGGCAGAGUUCCAGGAGCUGGUUGGUCAUCUUAUCUUGACAAAUUUUCAUCGACAACUUCGACGUCGUCUGGAAACACCACGGUUUACUCUUCGAGAAAUUUCAACGCGGCAACUGCCAGCAGUGGUGCUUCGGGAAACUGCAAGAGGAUCGGCGGCUUUGCAUUCUCGAGAGCUAACGAGAAUUCCACGACUUCCCGAAACGAUCAAGCUUCCAAAGUAUCUUCGACGUGUAGUCAAGAACUUGAUAAUAAUCACCAUAAUAGAGAACAGAAUAGAGAAGCCGUUACGAAGCAAGAUGUACUCGCUUUCUCGAGAAACAACAAUGAAACUUCUUUACAAACUGUUAAUGUCGAAACCAUUUCGAGGGUAUCGCCAAGCUUCAACGAGGAGGUUGAUAUUGUUAUUAAAGAUCAGAAGGAUGAAAAUAAAUGUGUCGAUAGAGAUCAAAUUGGCGAGAGGAAGGAGGAGGCGAAGGCCGAUCGUCUGCCGAGUCCAAGAACGACGUUCCAUUCCAUCGAUGUUACUGAUAAUUCGCGAGUCAAGCGUUCUCCUGAUUAUUCGAAGAAUAGUAGAACUAGUAGUACGUCUAAGAGCGAGGAGAUCGAAGAAAAAAGUCCAUCUUUGCAACGGUUAAAUGGAGCCUUUCACAAAAGCGACAGAAAACUUUCGAGGACACCUUCGAAGACGGAAUGUUCGAAACCCAUCCAAGCUGUUCCACGAGAAAGAAGAGAUUCCACUCCUAAAUCAGAAAAUAGUCUAUCCUUGAGAAAUACGGAUUCUUCGAAGCUGUUCGAUGCUCAUCCUCAGGAACAGAAGCAUGAGACCCAGCAGUCUAAGAAGGAAUCUCUUUCAAGCUCCUCUCAAAGCCGCUCCACGACGCCACAGUCUCAUAGUGGUUCGACGAAAAGCGUGCCUCGACAGAUGAGGCGAGCAGACUUUUCUGAAGGAUCAGCCGUGAGUUUGCCAACUGGCAGAUCUAAGUCAUCGUCGGCCGGCUCGAUGACGAGUCAGGGAUCAAAAAUAAAGACACCAACGCCAUCAUCAUCUUCCAGCUCUCGAUCGCAGUCGCAGUCCGUCGCCAAAUUAUCUACUGCUGGCGGAUGUUCCGGCACAUCGUCAGUGAACUCACGACGAGGGAGUUCUCCGGACGCACGAGGGAAACCACCUGUGCCAAAGAAUGAAAGUAGCGAACGUGUUGGUUCUAAAAGUGUCAUAACUGGUAAAUACAUUAACAAGGAUUUCAGGAAGUCGAGCUUGAACAUGGAGAAUGGUGAUCCUUCACGUUCCAAAUACGAGAGAAUGAAAAAGCAAAGAAGUAUGUCUAUUAGUUCACAAGAUUCUGAAUCAAAUUUGGAGGGAAUUCGACAAUUGAUGGCACCUUUGUCUUCAUCGGUAUCUCUGAAAUCGAUGGGAUCGAAAACAAAAAUACCUUCGAGCGGAUCGAAAACAUCCUCAUCGUCUUCAUCUUCCUCGUCGUCUUCACUUCGAAGAAACGACUCGAGCAACUCGCCUAAGCACGAGACAUCGAGAAACGAUACGAAAUUAGUCUCCUCUUUGUCCGGCGAGAGGAAUCUUCCGAGAUCGGAAAAAUCUGAAUCAACCGACAGCAGUGAUUCCAAUUCUUCGAGUUCUUCGAGUAGCGAAGAAGAUACGGAGGAUCGACAACAAAUUGUUGCUGGUAGGCGAUGGAUAGGACGAAAAGAUUCGAAAUGGCUGAUUUGCGAGAAGAAAGUUGAAAAGAUGAGUGCUGGAUCAUCGAGGACGAGCGUACCAGCAUCCUCGGCUGACGAAAACUCUCUAAGUGUAGAGAAACCACCCAGACCACCGUCCAGUCCAAGAUCAAGUCCCAGAUCCAGUCCUAGGCCUAGUUCAAGAUCGAGUCCUAGAUCAAAAAGCGAUCGUUCGGGAAAAACAGACGAAGCGAAAUCCUUCCUGAUGAGAGCUUUGGCGCCAGUGACGAAUCUCUUUAAAAGCAAACAUCACGAUUCCACUUGUGAAUCCGUAAAGUCAGGUGGUUGGCCCAAUUCCAACGAAGAGAAUCCCGAUAUGACGAAAAAGUCUACGUCCUUCUCAAAAUCCGUUACGCAAGGUUCAUCGAAAUCUCUUAGUUUCUCACACUCUGAGAGGAUUUCCGAUAAGGAUCGCGAUUCUAAGACUAGAAUCGAACGUCAAUUGUCUGGUGAAAGACCUUGGUGGUUGGAUCCAAAUUCUGAUAAUGCGCCCGAGGGUGUUGAAAGGUUCAACGGAUAUAACGACGAUAUUAGCCAGGAAACUACUAUCAGCACAGUUCUACCUGACGAUGGAAAAUUCAAGCCAAGAGUAUGGCAUCAGGAGUCUGGAGAAAGAGCUUGGUGGUUAGAAGAGAACGAUACUACUUCUGAAAAUGGAAAAAAAGAAACGAGCCUGUCAUCCAAUCGGUCGAAAAAAAGUUCGAGUCGUAAUAACAGUAAAUCGAAAGAUCGUCCAAGGUGCAUCGGACAUCAACGAUCUGGUGAGAGAGCCUGGUGGAUGAGCGACGAUCCAGAAAGUGUCCCGGAGGGUAUUGAAGUGAUCGUCGUGCCAUCUACCUGUGAAGCUAGUAGUCUUGAGAAGUUCGAGGUUGAUCGUAAGAGUUCAAAGAAAAUCAAACACAUCGAGUCUGGUGAAAGAGCUUGGUGGAUGGACAGCAGCUCAAACGUUCCCGAAGGAGUCAUCAAGAUCCCGGUUGAAACUUCCAACGGUACUUCGGACUCUUCCGAGUCUUUCGAAAGAAUAGACAUCGGUGUUGACCCCGAGCCUGAAACAUACACCCGGAGAAGCCUCUCUAAAUUCCCUAUCGAGUUUCCACCGCCACCGAGCUACGAACCGUUGGGAGAUCGAGCUAGUCCCGAAGGGAUAGAGAAUCCACCAGCUCCACCGGAUAACUAUCACGGAAGGAUUUCACCUUACGACAAUGUUCGAUCACCUUCUCGUAGAUCGUCGUCUAGGAAACAUUUCUUCAUUGGAGAGUACAUGAACAUCGAUGAUCUUUUAGAUACAACGACGACGACGACGAAUCAACGAAAUAGUCCAGUUUCGUGUCGUUCUCGUAGACAGGAUAGACUCGAAGAGGAAUCCACCGAGGAUACUUCCGAAUGUGAAGAAAUAGAUGCAACGCAAGUGAUCAUUCACGAUAGCACACCGAAAACUCCAGUGAUACAGCGAAGAAAUAGAGAACAGGAGCCCUUUCAAGAUAGGACACAACCGGACGGAUACAUACCGAAUCGCACUAGAAGAGUAUUGUAGGUGACUGUAGAUUGGUAUAUACGUGCUCGUACGUAUGUACUCGAAAAAAUCUUGCAAACAAAAGCAAGAGUAGAGAAAGAGAUGGGGUGAAAGAAGAAAGAAAAAGAAGGAAAGAGAUUGAGAAGGAGAAAGAGAAAGAAAAGAGGAUAGUGCUUCCACGACAUUAUUGUUUUUCGCGAGGGAUGCGCGAAAGAGACUCUUCUUCUUUCGCCUCAGACUCCUCUUUCUUUUCGUUAUACGCGUAAAGUACUAGCGACAAAGAAGACGAAACGGGUUGACGGGAAGAAUAGGGAGGAUUCCCUUGAGUCACCUCGAGUAGCCGUCUCGAUUAAAGAGUCUGCGACGUACUACACAAACUCGAUGUCAUUGCGUUGUCAUGUUCAAAACGACGAUGACAAGGGAGAAAGAAAAGUUUAGUGAGACCACGAACACGUAAAAGCGGUAUCCCAGUCAUGUUUUCCAAUCGAUAUCGUAUAGGUUUCAAUGCGAUUCGAUGAAAGUAUCCCUCCGUUGAAAAGAAAAAAAAGAGAAAGGGAAAAUCGAAAGAUAGAGAGAGAUAGAUAGAUAAAGAAAGAGAGAGAG